AUCCCCUUCCUCUCUCUCUCGCCAAGGCAACUUCUUGGAGGUCGGAGAGGAGGAGAGGUCGAGGAGCGAGGCGAGGAUGGGGCGCAAGAGGAAGGAGCUGCUGUCGUCGGCGCCGUGGAGGACGGGGGAGGCGGCGGAGGACGAUGACGAGGCGGCGAGGCUGUCCCGCGAGGGCAAGGUGAGCGUCACCAGCAACCCCGGCGAGACGCCCACCAUGCACGUCCCGCGCAACAAGCGCCAGGACCUCGACCUCGCCGUCGACGACUUCGACGAGGACGAGAUCGACCCCGAGCUCCGCUACUCCUUCCAGCGCAACUCCAGGUUUCUGCGGAGAGUAUUUAGUGUGGAUACACUUGUCAAGCCUCUUCCUCCUGUGAUGGCAUACAGUGUUUCUCGCAAUGUGAACUUUUUCUUCAAGAUCUUCACACAGUUCUGGGAUGAAGAGGGAAUUGCCAAUGCACAGAAAUCCCUUGGACUGGGGAAUGAGGAUGGCUCCCGGCGGCGUUGAAUACCAUUUUGUAGCAAAACCAAGCUAUGCAUUGAGAGAUCUUACGCUAGAUUCUGGAGGCCUUUGUUGUAUGCCUCAAAUGACACUUGGUGUGGUCUGUCUAAGUUUGGUUCUAGUGUUCGCGUCUUGCAUUUUGUGCUAGUAAAGUUGGUUGCGUCAUAUAUUCAGAUGUUGUAAGCUUCGAGACUUGUACUCAGAAAUCUCGUUCUGGCUUCUGUUUAAAAAGUUGAAAAGGGGAAAUAAUGGCGUGUAGUUCAUUUCCUAUUAUGAUUUCUGAAUCAGUUUUUUUUUAUCAAUCUGAAUUUAGAUGUCA